CCUUUCUUACUAGACAAUCUAGAAAUCCUAAAAGUCCUAGGAAAAGGCUGCAUGGGAAAAGUUUUCCUUGUUCGUUCUCGUACAACGCAGGAACUUCGUGCAUUGAAAAGCAUCGUCAAGGAUUUGGUGAUCGAACAGCGGGAGAUUACCCACACUCUGGCGGAACGUGAGAUCCUUGCCACUGUUGCUGCCAUUGACCAUCCCUUCUUGGCAAAGUUACACGCUUCCUUCCAAGACGAACACAGGCUCUAUUUAAUCACCGAUUACUAUUGUGGAGGCGACCUCGCCACACAAAUGAGCACCUGCUACACGUUUACGCCCGAACGUGUUUUGUUCUAUGCAGCCGAGAUUAUCGACGGCAUUGGAGAGCUGCAUCGCCUGGGAGUCUUGUACCGUGAUCUGAAGCCAGAAAACAUCUUGCUUACCCAAGAGGGCCACAUUGUCUUGACCGACUUUGGACUCAGUAAAUGGCUCACAAACGAAACCGAUCAGUCGACCCAGACGUUCUGCGGCACGGCAGAGUACCUGGCGCCCGAACUGCUUCUUGGAGAUGCCUAUUCAUUUGGAAUUGACUACUGGAGCUAUGGAACGAUUAUCUACGAGAUGCUGACCGGCAUCACGCCUUUCUGGGCAGACAACCAUUCAGAAAUGUACCGUCGGAUUCUUGAAGAACCUCUCGAAUUUCCUACAGAUAUCGAAUACGACACGGCCGAGUUCUUGGCUGCCUUACUGGAUCGCAAUCCGGCCACCAGACUAGGCUGUUCUUUGGAACACGGUGGGGUGGAUGAGAUAAAGACCCAUCCUUACUUUGCAUCUCUUUCAUGGGAUGAUGUGUAUCACCGCAGACUAACACCCCCUUACAGCCCCAAUUUAACCUCAAAACUUGAUUUUGCCAACUUUGAUCCUUUGUUU